UUGUGCUCAGUCGAAUUUUGUUCUCGGACCAUUAAACAUUACCCAUUCAGCCAGCAUUCACCAUUCCAACAUUCGACAUUCAACAUGGAAGGCCAACGCGUGGCAGUCGUCGCAUUUGCUGUUUUGCUCGCCGGAUUGUGCGUGCUAUCCGGUCUGAAUGCGGCACCCGUGGAAUGCAAUAAUGGCGGUGGCAUCCAGAUCUCUGACGAUGGUUUCCAGAGCCAGACGCAAACCGGUCCCGGCUGCCAGACCCAGACCUCCGAGGAUGGAACCCAGAGCCAAAGCCAGAGUCAGUCGGGCAAUGGCUACCAAUCGCAGACGCAGUGCAGCGGCUCAUCCUGUGGUCAGUUCAACACCUUCCCGCCGCUAUUCACCAUUAAGCCGCUGGAGCCAUUGGCACCCAUCACUUGGCAGCCAUGGGGGCAAAUGAGGAACAACCAGGUGCAGCAGCAGGUCAAUUUUGGCUAAGUUUUGGAAAAAAAAGUAUUCAAGUUAAUAAAGAUUUUGAAUUUGUAAUUAUUCAAAAAUUUUUAGUUUAUUAUAUACAACACGAUAAGAUUUCAAAAAAAAAUUGUAUGUUCAAUUGAAAAUUAAUUGAUGAACAGCGACUUAACGGUCUAUCACCAUAAUGAAAAAUUAAAAAUUAAAAAAUGUAUUUUAUUAAUAGAAAGAACUUACAAUAUGGCAAAUUAUUGGAUUAAUCGUAGUCCUAACAAAACACAAAUACCAAAAAACAAAGAUUUCUAUAACAUCCAAAAGAUUUUGAUUCAAAAUUCAUAGAUAACAACAAUAGAAAACGCGCGUUCAAAAUGUUUUCGGUGUAAUAAAAAAAAGGAAAGCUGGCUUGAAUUUAGAUGCGAAGUCUGGCGCUUGUCUAGCUCAACGAGAUAUCGCAAUCCAAAAUGACUCAUUCAUUUUGUUUUUUAUAGUCUGACUUAUUUACAUUUUUAGUCAUGUGGGGUAGAUUAGCAACGAUUCGUUCGAGUAUUGUGAGCGAUUAGUUCACUAAUUGUUCUGUUGAUUGGGCGUAAAGAUUUUGACAAUGAGCGUUUCUGAUUUGAGCUCGGCCAUAGAUAAUCGCCAUAAAGUGUAUAAAUAGUUUGCAUUACACUUAAAACUAAAAGAUUAAAACUAAAUGAUUUAGAGAUUAAAAAACUUAAAAAUUACUACUUAUCAAAGCUUAAUAAUGUUUGAUCUGCAUCAGUUUUAUUUUCCAUUCUAGAACUCCAUUUAUGCUUCAAAUUGAUUGUACAUACAUAUCAUAAAAUGUUAUCCACUAUUUUCG